GAUCGACAGCAUUGUCAAAUAAUGUACUGGACGUUUGGAUAUAAGCUUUAACAUCUGAGGUCAACCAAGGGACACACGAGUCGGUUCUAUACCGUGAUGUGUCAUGAUGCGCUGUGUUUGUUAUGUCUAUAUGUUUCGGUGCCAUAUAAAUAAUGUGACGAAGUUGUCAUAAAAUCGAACAACUAUUUAGACAGCGGGACGCGCAUUCUGGAGGACAUUGGCUAUUUGAGUAUUGACGACAGUCUAGAUCUGAAACGUGGACGUUAAGAAGAGAUUUUAGCAAUCGAUCAAGACCGUAUUUUAAGCUCGCAUUGAUUUAGCACCGGCUUUUCGGAAGUCACCCUGUCAGAAAUGCAGACCUUUGUGAAAGGAAAGAGGGUCGGAUACUGGCUCAGCGAAAAGAAGACAAAAAAACUCAAUUUCCAGACUUUCGUGGAUAUGUGCAGGAAACAAGGGAUAGAGAUGAUUCAGCUGGAUCUGAGCCAGCCAAUAGAGAAGCAGGGUCCGUUUGAUGUCAUCAUCCACAAGCUGACCGACCACAUUGUUGAUGCUGACCAGAACGUCACAGAAUCCCUUCUACUUGUACAGGGUGUCCAGGACUACAUAGACGCUCACCCUGAAACUGUUAUACUGGAUCCUCUUCCGGCCAUACGUACCCUGCUGGACCGAUGCAAAUCAUAUAAGCUCAUUCAAAAAAUUGAAGACGACAUGCAAGAUGACAGGAUCUGCUCUCCUCCCUUCAUGGUACUGAAGAGUGAAUGUAACGCAGAGACCCUGGAGCAGCUCCAUAAGAAUGGAAUUACAUUUCCUUUCAUUUGCAAACCUCGGGUAGCUCAUGGCACCAACUCUCAUGAGAUGGCCAUCAUCUUUAGUGAGGAAGAUCUGAAAGACAUCAAGCCCCCGUGUGUAAUCCAGAGCUUCAUUAACCAUAAUGCAGUGCUGUAUAAAGUGUUUGUCGUGGGAGAGGCUUACAGCGUGGUGCAACGUCCCUCGAUUAGGAAUUUUCCCUCUGGACCGACCGACAGAAGAGCUAUAUCCUUCAACAGUCAUCAUGUGUCUAAACCAGAGUCAUCUUCUCAUCUGACCUGUGCAUUUCUACUUUUUUGUCCUAUUUCUGGUUUCCCUCAGAGAGACAACAUGGAGGGUCAGUACUGGGCACCAAACAAUGAUGUCAUUCAGAAAAUGUCCAGAAGGUUACGGGAAGCCCUCAGCAUUUCUCUGUUUGGGAUUGACAUCAUCAUCGACAACCAGACCGGCCAGCAUGCCGUCAUUGACAUCAAUGCAUUUCCAGGUUAUGAGGGGGUCUCUGCGUUUUUUGAUGACCUGCUGAGUCACAUCACCAGCGUCCUGCGAGGUCAGGUAUCUAGCGGAGCGUCAUGCGGUCAUCUGAAAGCGAACGGAAUAGCGAAGGACCCCUCCGUAGCCUGUGGGAUGCCCUGCGGCAUGCUGGGAAAUGAAAGCAGUAACUGGUUGAUGGACAGCGAGGGUGUAAAAAGAGGCUCUCAUCAGGGACUGAGUUCUUGCGGGGCCUGCAGGGCUCAGAACUUUCACCAGCACGCUAGAUCCAGUUUAGCAGCAGCUGAGACUUCAUCACAAUGAGACUUCAUAUUAAUCUAGUUGAAUAUUUUAUGACCAUUCCCAAACCAUUUCAACCCUCAUAAAAUGUUGUUUAGAGGGUGUGUCUAAAAUAAUUAUGUUGAGCAUGAUUGAAUGUGUGCCAAUUGUUUUCUCAGAAUUGAUUUAUUUAAAUGAAUGUUCAAUAGGGGAAACCUGGUACUGUAUGUGGUAUGAUUUUGUCAUAAAUUACUUGCACUGAUUUUAUUUAUAGAAAAGGGGUCUUGUAGAGGAAUUGAAAAUGUAUCAAUACAUUAAUGAGAAAGGAUACAUAACUUGAAAGGAGUGUCAUUUGUGUGAUGUUGCUGUUAGACAUUAUACUUUUCAGGAAACUAGUGCCCACUGCCCAGUUAGCUUUAAUGCUUCUAAAAAGACGGGAUAGUCAGAAUACAUUUAGUGAUAUAUGAAGCUGUAUGGCGGAAAUUAAUUUCUUAAAAACUGAAUUUGCAGCUGUUUACUUUUUUAAACCGUAAAAGAUUGUAGCGUAAAAUGUUUUUUAACCAUUUCAUAUCUGGAGAGACCUGUUGUUCUUUCUUUAAAAUACUUUUACACUGACAGGUGCUAUGAUAGAAUAUUGGAUUAUUCAUUGUAGGAAAUACGACUAAAUAUGUUGUGGCUUUGGACAAAUGACCUUUUCUGAUUAUGGGUAUAAAAAAUGCUGUUUCAACAGUUUGAGUUAAAUAAAAAGUUCACCCAUAAACUAUCCCUUAAGAUAUCCCUGGUUAGUCACACUUGUGUUGUUUUUAAUAACUAUUUCAUUGAAGACAAGAGAAACUUUGACUUUGUUUUUAUUUCCUAUUUGGAACAACCAAAGAGUAAAUGUUGGCGGAAUGUGUCUUUGAAAUUGUUUUAUCUGGUCUGUUCUGUCCCCCAUUGCUAUGGUUUAUUUGUACAUGAUGUAUAAUUUGUAUAUAUGUUGAUUUUUUUCCUUUUGGCAUUUAAAAGGCAUAA